UAGAUCAGUCCGUUGGAGGAACUAGUUGGGAAGAAAAAAUAAAUUUUCUAACAGCGGCAGUUCCUUGGAGGAAUUUGACAAAAUUCUUAAACUAAUUUAUAAAUUAAAUAAUUUUAAAAAAUCACAAAAAAAAAGUAAAUACAUUUGUGACAAAGUUAAGUUCAAUGUUAAAAGAGUGAGGAGAAAACUAUUUAGUGUGACUAUUAAUAGACAGUAAAGAGCAAUUAUUUAAUUACACCGCAAGUAGAAGAUUCUUUGCCAGAAUUCUGCAAAAAAAUAAAAAUUAUAAAAUACAUAUAAAUAUAGCAUUUUAAGUGUGAAAGUUUAUUGAAAAUAGUAUCAAGUAAUAGAUAGAUAAAAUGCACAAAUUCGCAGUAAUAUUUCUUGCAGCAUAUUUCACUGUUAGUUUAGUAGCCUCAGACUGGCAUUAUCCAAAGGAAUUGCCUAAUGGAGUUUUAUCAGAUGACGAAGAUUGGGGUGGUAUAUGUUCGAGUGGAAAACGACAGUCUCCUGUAGAUUUAGCAGUAGACGCUUCGGUUAGAGGAGAAUUUAAUAGCUUUAUCUUCCAUAAUUACGAUGCACCUAUGAAAAAUCCAAAUGUAAUCAACAAUGGUCACUCAAUUCAAAUCAGUACUGUUCCUGGUCCCAUUUCUAUUGCUGGCGGUGGAUUAAAUGGAAAUUAUAUAUUUGAUCAAAUGCACUUCCAUUGGGCGUCAGAACAUACAAUAAAUGGCGGAAGAUAUGCUCUCGAAUUGCACAUGGUUCAUCAUGACAAACGUUAUGACACAAUUCAAAGAGCUGCUCAAGAGAAGAACGGUGUUGCUGUACUCGGAAUUCUUUUUCAUGUCACAAAAGAUCCAAAUCCAGUUGUAGAGAAAAUUCUUGAAAACUCACACAGAGUCUUUGAGUCGUCCGGAACAAACACCACAUACAAAGACAAUUUACUCCUAUCUGAAAUACUUCCAAAAAAUAAAGAAACAUACUUCAGAUAUGAAGGAUCCUUGACUACACCAGGUUGUGGUGAAGCAGUUGUAUGGACUGUUUUUAAUCAAUCUUUACCCUUAUCAGUUGAACAGCUCGAACGAUUUAAAUCCGUUCACGAUGACUCAGGCCAUGAAUUGAAACACAAUUAUCGUCAUAUUCAACCUCUCAACAGUCGUUCAUUGAUCUACGUUCCUGGUCAUGGAUAUACUGAGAACUUUGGAGUGUCAACCAAACUUAUUUCAAUUCCAUUAAUGAUGGUUAUGUCUUUAAUUGCUUUGAUGGGAUUCUCACUAUAAGUCCUUUUAAAUUUUGAUGAAAAAAAUGCUUGUAUUUUGCAUUUAAAUCUCGAAAUUGAAAUUUUUCGAGAGUUUUACAACAAUCAUCUUUAACACAUUUUAUAUUGAACACUUAGAUGUGCCAUAGCAGAAACAUAUUAAAUCACUUAAACAACAACGAUAACUAGUCAGAAAAAUAAUCUUAAUUG